UUAAUCAAGAUCUUUCCCAUCAGUUUCUUAGUUAUGCAUCGUCAAACAAUAUCAAACAUGAACAUCUAGCACUUGCUAUUUACUUUAUCUUCUUAUUUAAAUUAACGAAUGGUGAAAACGAUUUAUUUAUUUCAAUUAAUAUCGACAAUCGUUAUAGAGAUGAACUAAAAUCUAUAAUUGGACUGUUUGAGAAUGUCAUUCCACUGCGAUGUCAAUUAGAUCCUCGCUGGUCUUUCCAAUAUCUACUUGAUUAUGUUCGAGAGACAACAACAAAUAGUAUGAAAUAUUCGUAUUUUCCUCUUCAACGCAUUCUCAAUGAACAUCCAAAUAUUUCAAAACCAGCAUUUCUUGAUACAUCUUUCAAGUUUUUCGCCACUGAAGGCAGAAAUACUGAGAGUGAAAUAGUGAUUGGUGAUAGUAGAGCUUAUCUUAUGCCUUUAUCAAUUGAGAUUGAUGAGGAUGAUAUCAUGAGCAACUUCGGUUUUAUCCUUAUCAACCGAUGUGAUCGUAGCACCAAUCAACUUUCGUGUACAAUUAAUGCAUCAAUCGAUUUGUUUAAUGCAGAGACAGUUUAUAAGACAUCACAACAGUUUCAUUCGAUGAUGCAUCAAUUAUCUAUAUUUCUUUACAGUCAACCAACGAAACCAAUCUAUGAACUAUCUUUAAUAUUGCCAAGAGAACGAUUAUUUCUACAAUCAAUAAACAAUACACAAAGAUUAUUUUCUUCUAGUAUUUGUGUUCACCAUGAAUUUAUAUAUCAAGCAAUGAAAUAUUCACAAAAACUAGCAGUUGAACUUGAUGAACAGUCAUUAACAUAUGCAGAACUUCUGUAUUAUUCUCAAUGCAUCUCUCUCUAUUUAUUAUACCAUUAUAAUGUAAAAUCUGGUGAUAUCGUCUGUCAAUGUGUGGAGCGUAGCUUAGCUAUGGUCAUUGGGAUAUUAGCGAUUGCUAUGGUUGGCGGUGUCUAUUGUCCGCUAUCACCACAAGAUCCUCCUCAACGAUUACAAGCCCUUCUCAAUCAAACACACAGUCGUUUAGUUAUGGUUCAUUUCUUUACAAAUUCCAUUUUUGAAAUCAAUGUUGUCAGAUUGAAUAUUGACACAGCUAUCACUAUCACUGAUAUUUACGUUGAUAUUAAUCUACACAAACUUUCAAAAGUAUCUGUAACACCAGAACAUAUUGUCUUCACAAUUUUCACUAGCGGUUCAACUGGCAUUCCAAAAGCAGUUCAAUUAUGUCAUCGAAAUUUUACUGAGUUUAUGCAUUCGUUUAUUUAUGCUGGUAUAUUGUCAAAAUGUGACACUAUAAUACAAAUGGCUCGAUGUUCUUUUGAUAAUCAUCUUCUAAGUCUUGUCGGUACAUUAAUUGCUGGAGGUACGUUAAUAAUGCUCCGACCAAAUGGUAAUAUGGAUUUAGAAUAUCUUGCUGAAGUACUUAAUCAAAAGCAAAUCACUGUUAUGCAUUGUGUUCCAUCUUUAUUGAAUAGUUUGUUUACUUUUAUCAAAGAGAAUAGACAUAGAUCAGCAGUGAAAUGGUUACGAUCCUUAUGUAGCGGUGGAGAGACUCUCAAUAUGAAAGUAGUUAGUAUAUUAAAAAGUUUGAUCACAAAUAAAUGUCAAAUUCGUAAUCAUUAUGGUCCAGCAGAAAUAACGAUUAAUUGUGCUUGCCAUGCAGUUGAUCUGGACAAAGAGCAGAUGAACAUUCCGAUAGGCCGGCCUCUUCCCAAUUAUCGAUGUUUAAUUGUAGAUGAGUUUUCACAAAAUGUCUAUGUUGGACAUGAAGGAGAAUUGCUCGUUGGAGGUGUUGGUGUCUUUACUGGAUAUCUUGAACGUGAUGACUUAUCAGCAAAAGUAUUGAUCAAUAUCAAUGAGCAAAUUUUCUAUAAAACAGGUGAUCUUGUUCAUAUGGACAAUAAGGGAUUAAUACAUUAUGUUGGUAGAAAAGACUAUCAGAUAAAACUACAUGGACAACGAAUUGAACUUGGUGAGAUCGAACGAUGUAUACUCAAGGUUCCAUCUAUAUCUACUUGUGUUGUUAUGAAAUGGAAUGAUGAUUAUUUAGUUGCAUAUGUUCAAAAUUCUGACAUUAAUGAACAGGAAUUGCGUGAACAUUGUCAAUCACAUCUUCCACCACAUAUGAUUCCAUCGGUAUUCAUUAUACUUGAGAAACUACCUUUAAAUGCAAAUGGAAAAGUAAACAGAAAACUUCUUCCGCCACCUCACUUCUCAUCAAUACAUCUCACAAACAGUAUAGAACUAUUACGACCAACGAAUGAUAUUGAGGUUAGUAUUCAUCAUAUUUGGUGUGAGACGUUUAAACAAAAUCAAAUCUCAAUGAAUACAAAUAUAUUUACUAUUGGUGGUCAUUCAUUACUUAUCAUGCAACUGUUUCAUCGAUACAAGAUCGAAUUUCGUUUAGAAACUAAUGCUCUUUUUAUUACUGAUCUAUUUCAACGUCCAACAAUUAUCGAUCAUGCCCAACUCAUUCAGCAAUCUAUUAAUACCAUUCACACUCUCUAUGAUUAUCCUUGGUCUUCAUUACAUCUCAUUCAAGCUAGGGCAUCAUUUGCACAAGAACGAAUCUAUUUAGAUGAACAAAUUCGUUUUUCAUCUAACAAAACAAUAAUGAAUAAUAUGUAUGUUAUUCCAUUACUUUAUCGUAUAUCAUCUAUAAAUGAUCAUAUAUCAACUACUCGAUUACAUCAUGCAUUUCAAAGAGUGAUCACAAAACAUAAUAUUCUUCGAACGGCACUUUAUAUUGAUGAAACAAAUGGUAAUAUUAUACAACAUUGUUUAGAUGCAAAUAUUAUUCUUAAUGAUCAUAUGAAAUCAUAUGCAUUCGCACUUGUCAAUCUUCAUAAUGAUGAUCGUCGUCAUAUGAAUGAAAUCAUUGCAGAAAUAAUAAAUCAAUCUGAUUUAUUUGAUUUAUCAAAAGGACAUAUUAUCAAUUGUCAUGUUCUUCGUCGUGAUCAAUCCAAUCAUUUAUUCAAUCAGAAUAAUGAUCUAUUGACUAAAAAUGAUCUAAUAUUGUUUACCAUUCACCAUGCUUGUUUUGAUGGAGCAUCGACAUCAAUGUUCAUUCAUGAUCUUUCUGUUGCUUAUCAAUCUAAUGAGUUGCUUUCUAUAGAUGAUAAUUCAUUACAAUAUAUUGACUAUUCGAUUCAUGAACAUAUAAUGGAUAUGACAGUAUCUCAAGAGUUUUGGCAAUUCGAACUCAAAGGAUAUAAUCUGACUCGUCAAUUAUCCUUACCUGUUGAUCGACAACGUUCAUCAACUAAUCAACAACGAUCAGGUUUAGCUUCUUCAGCUCAAAUCACUUUUGACGAUGAAAUAUGUGCAUCAUUUCUAAAUUAUGCAUCAUCACAUCAUCUCACACUCUUUCAACUUGGAUUAUCCAUAUUUUAUGUCUUCCUAUUCAAAUUAGCUCAUGGUGAGAGCGAUUUAUGUAUUUCUACUAUCAAUGCUAAUCGAUAUCGAAGUGAAUUAGUGAAUAUGAUAGGAAUGUUUGUUUCAACAUUACCAUAUCGUGCUGAGCUUGAUCCUCAUUGGUCAUUUGAUAAAGCAGUCAAAUAUGUACAAGAAAAAUGUUUAUCAAUUCUUGAACAUUCUCAUUAUCCGCUUCAAUAUAUUCUUGCUGAUUUACAUGUCACUAAAUCAAAUAUAUCAUUUCUUGAAACAAUGUUUGAUUUCAUCACUAUAUCAGAAGAUGUUAGUGGGUUAUGUUUGAAUGGUGUUAAUCUAGAACAAGUGUCGUUAAAUGACUCAUAUGAAAUAGCUAAGUUUGACUUCUCAUUGACAUUUGUACACAAUCCAUCAUCAGAUGGUAAUCAACUGUCUUGUUGUUUUGUUUGUUCAAGUGAUAUAUUUGAUGCAACAACAGCUGCCGUAAUAGGUCGAAGAUUGAAAUAUCUUUGCGAGCAGAUUUUUGAUAGUAAAUCAAGGAACAGCUUGAUGUAUGGAUAUAGUAUAUCGAUCAGCAAACUUUCUCUUAUUCUACAUGAAGAAAGUGAAGAAA